GAGAAAAUUCCGUUUGGCAACAACGACAGGUCAAAAGUGACACGUAGAUGAGUUACAACACCUUGAUGUCAACCAUGAUGACAGAGGGAAUUAGAAUUCCAUGGAAACUUACUUUCCUUUAGACCCGAAGCAUUCCACAUCAAUUCAUGAACAUCAUGAACUAGCUACUCUUAGUCGUUUUUAUCACAUCACCACCAGCGCCUCCACAGGUUGUUCUUAUCAGCCUCCACCCAAAAAAUGGUGCUCCCUCCAUCGGCCCGCAUAGUGUCCUGCACCGAAAUGCGGACAGAGGCCCAAGAAAACACAACGCCGCGAGCAAGGAAGGCCACCACGCACUGCUGGAGUCCAUCCGCGCAGCAACGCUCACCAAGCCCCAGUCCGACAAGCUCGACUCUUCAAGCUAGAAUUUUUAAGGGAAAGGGUCGUCGUGUGUGAAGAAAUCCAUCUUUGUUCCCAGCAUCUUGGCCUCAUUUUCUUGAAGGGGACGAAAGUGGACCAAGAUGCUCCCCUUGGCCGGGAUGGAUUUCCUACGUGGCUAAUAGAGGCACUUCUUCCGGAAAAGAACAGUCUUCCAGUCUGCGUCGACUCGUGCAAAUACCUAGACGAGGAGAAAAUCCGGCUGCCACCGACUCCUUGAAUGAAACUGUCGAUCAGCUAUUGCACCGCACUCAACAACUGCUUAACGUGGACCACGGAGAUGAUGUUGAGUUUCAUCGUAGUGGUCAUCAAGUAACUUCUGGACCUGUCGUGUCAUCUUCAAGCGACGCAGCACUUCCGAGUUUUCCGAGCUUCACGGCAAUGCCUUCGGUGGUGCAACGCAUUGUGGAUCAGCAUGCUAGUGCGGCUUCGGAAGAGGACGAGACAGCGAGUAGUUGCUAAGUCUGAUAACUCAAGAAUUUUUGAGGAACGACUGCCUGAUAACUUUUGCUCCUUUCCUCGAGUCUCUCUCAAUUAUGUUGCUGUCAUCUUCAACGUGCCGACUUCUCUAGGACAUCACUGCAUAUUGUCGUAACAAGUGCGUCAUUCUCAGUCAUAAAAACUGCAAUGUUGAAUUCCCUGCCCAUCCAACAGGAAACAUGAGCCUGCGGGUUCAAGAACUGGAAUCGAAGUUGCAAACCCUCGAGUCCUUGGUCCAGAACGCUAUUAGGAGUGAGCAACCUCAAUCGCUUAGUGACUCACAAACGGUGCGCAAAGAACAAGUGUCACUGAUUCACACUGCAGUUGAUCCCGGACAUCAAGUGGAACGCUCUCAAGGGCGAUCAGCAGCGACAAAUGCGCUUCUAAGUGCGCGCUUUUCCGUGUGGAAGCCAGCUGUCCAGACGACGACGACUUCUGGUGCAACGACUGCAACAUCAAGCGCCUUCACAGCACGACCGAUUACGAGCAGCAGACUAUUCCCAGUGGCAUCUUCAAGGAGUGACAUGCCACAUGCACCUGCAGCAACAGCAUCGGUUAUUCCUAAAAAUCAUAAAGGAACAUCUCAUUCUCAUAUGGCAACAUCAAACGACGGCAGAAACAGCUCAACAAACUUGAGUAAAAAAAAUGUAACAGUGCAUCUUGUUCCAACCGCAAUGAAACAGAUGGAAAAAGCAGUUGCGAAGUCACCGAAAGAGAAGGUGGCACCAGCAAAACUGGAGGCCACUCCUCGUGUGAUUCACACAACGCGUAUGACACUGGCGGGGCCGCGCGUCGGGAAAAUCGGCGCCCCGCUGCCAGCUCAGGCUGCUCAAGCUGUUUCUAUGACACCAUCCUCCCAGGGCAUCAUGAUUAAUGUCGAUACAAAUGCAUCUUCAAAGUCACAAGUGGUCGCCUCCCAGCAGCGUUCCCGAUCGCAGGACUAUCGCCAGACUCUGUUCUCCACUGCCAUGAAUUCCACUUCUUCUUCGUCUGCCAGAAUAAAUUCGUAUUAUUCGACCACGCCACCACCGCGGGUACCACGAACUACGAAUUUCGGGAGCCAACAUGGCAGACGAAGCGGCAGUCCUGGUCUUCGGAACGCAUCACGAUCACCAGGAACGAGACGAAGUGGCAGCCCAAAACAAGUUGUCGCAUUCGCAAGUACUUCAAGUUCAACAGUAAGAAACAGGAAUAAGAACAGCAAUGCCAAUGAUCUACUUCUCUUUACUUCCAGCAGUUCCAGUCAAGAGCAAAAAUCUGCCGUUUCACUGUCGACAGGUCGAUCGAAGACGUCGCGGACCUAUGCCUUCCCAGAGUCGCCGGGAGCGCGACAAUACACACAAGCAGCCAGUCCGAAGCGCGACUUUCCGACACUGUUGCCAGAAGAGCAAGAAACUGAAGCUGAAGGUAAUGGACGAAUAGCAAUACAUCAAAGUGAAACAACAAAAGAAGAGAACAAUGACCUCCACGCCCAGGUAGGACUAGGAUCCCAGGUCACGACUCGCAGCGCAACCUACAGCACUUCUCUACCAACUACUGGAGGAAAUUCUGCUGUUCCACCUAAAAAUCGUUUCACUAGAGUCGCUGCAAGCGAAACGGCUGCUCCUGGGCAAAAGGGAGGAAAUGAUAACCAUGUUCUAGUUGUAAACUCUUGUGGUCCAUCUCCCACUGAGCAAAUGGUGCGUGCAUCCUUCAGUCGGGCAUUAGAGACGUCAUCAAACGCGUCCGCGCCUCUCAUUCCGAUUCUUCCGACUGCAGAGUCGCUCACUCCUGGAGUAGCUUUACGAGCUCCGUCACCGAUGUCUCCGAACGCCUCUGCGUCGUUGACACCAUCUCCGAAGUAUUCGCAACUAGGGAGUAGUAGCAGUACUAUGAAUGCAGCAAAUAAACUUAUUGGAAGCGGAUGUGGACCUGCGAAUGCAACGACCUUACAGAGCAAGAGCCCUGGUUGUGCUAGAGAUAUUCACUAUUUAAGGGUAGGCUAAAGGUGCUUUUGUUACCGUUUGUGAUGGCUCUCCUAAGGGGGACAGCCAUAACAAGCGGGAUAAACGAACACCAAAAACCUACCUCUAAACUAUGUAGCGAGCAUGAACAAAGCAGGAGUGUCCCCAGCAAGUCGCAAUCCCAAUCCGGCAAGCCCUGGCUUAGACCUAGAGCAGGUCCUGGGUGCGAAUGCCGAGAUGAUGAACGAGAGGAAUAAUAAGGCUUCUUCUAGUUAUACUAGUACUGCGCAGUAUAGAAGUACAGCAUCUGCAUCGUUUUCGAAUGGUGCGACUCCAGCUCCAGACAAUCACGAUAGGAAGAAAAUCAGUAGAGAUAGUGGCAUGCCCAAUGCGCAAUUAUCUGGCUCUGCCUACGUUCUUGAUGGAAGAGCAACACGUGGCUGCGAUCAGUACUACUUGCCACGUUCUCGGGUCGAGCGCUCUUUGCGUGCACGCGAGGAAAUCUCAAAGCAUAGGGCUGAAACGCGCAUGGCAGUAGACAACGCUUACGAGACGAAAACUACACCCAACAAACGCACAAGCACAACGCCAAACAAGGCGACCCAUAAGGCUGGGGAUGCCAGUCACAUUGCGGCAAGGCGGACACAAAGUAGAACUCCGCCUCCGACGGGACGCGGUCGCGCGAUGCAACAGGACAGUACCAGGCUCAAUACGAUAAAGACGUCGCAGAAACUCCAACUCCAAGGCCAAGAUACUAGAGCGGCUCCACUACCUCCACAACACUAUAGUCCUUCAUCUAGCGCUCAGCAGAUGAAGCAAAAGCGUCAACCAGUCGCCAAGAAAGGCCCGCGACAACGCUUAGCUACGUUGCUCGAAGAUGCAGAAGAAGACGCUCCUAGUAUGGCGACAACUCCUGCCAAGAUAGGUGGAAAAGCAGUAGCUGGCUUCAAGAACAUCCCCAUGGUUAAUAUGGAGGAAUUAGACUGUAAGACGAGGCGACAGCAUGUAGUUCUCGGUCUGAGAUCUCCGGAAGACGAGGAAAAACAGCACGGACUUCUACAGAGGAGCAGCAAAGAGAAGGGGGUCGUAGGUGGGCAAGAAAGGGACAACUCCAAAGGGGGGCGAACUACAAGAACAGGGUUUACACCAGGGCAGCAGGAGAAAGUACAGCGACGAUAUCAUCAAAUAGAUCAACGAGCUCAAGUCUUCGUGGAGAAUCCACCUCCCAGUGAAAAGACCAGUGUCGAGAAGAGACCUGCACUAGUGAAGCGUGCAAUAGAAGCAUCCAGUAGACCAGCAUCCAGUAGACCUUGCUCUCCACAGGAGCUCUUUGACAGGAACGUCAUUUUGGUCCGUGAAACCGUGUCCCGCGAUGGGUCACCGCUGAUGCGCAGCAGAGAAUCUAACAUCGUCGCAGAAGAAGUGCCACUGCAGCUGGACCUGGACGAAAUAACUCAUGGUAGUUACAGUACAGCAAAAGCAAACAGGACGUCUCUGGGUCCUGGAAGAAGUAAACCCCGGUAUGACUUUUCUCCCCAUCUUCGUGCUGUGGGAAGAAAACGACAGGUAGACCGAGACGCAAAUCUUCAAAAUAUUAAUCAUUCUAGAAGUAUUCCUGGUGAUAUUACAACUGCGAAUGAUAGUAGUACUGGUACGGUAAAUGGUGCUUGCGCAGCUAUUCAGUGGUCACCAAGAACAACAGUACGACAACGCUAUCCUGGAGAUGUGGUUGCCGAAGCACGUUCAGACGUACAAGCAAAGAGAACGACCCCGAAUCAGCACAGUACUGCGGCAUCUACAACAGCAGAGGUUCAGCGAGUAGUGGAGAGCAACAUUGCUGUGAUUCACAUGUUACCGGAGAAGGAGGGAGGUCUUAGAAGUAGUGACGCAACUGCUGCUGCCACGCCUAGUGGAGAAAUGACCAGGGAGGGAAGCCGCACGCCAUCGCCAACACGCCGUGCUAUCCGAACCAUUAAGUCACAACAUUUUUCCUCGGCAAUGAUUCACUUCAAAAUUUGCAUAUCAUUUCAACUUGUAUGGAUCUACUUAUCAUGUUCUCCCUUUAUCGUUGUCCAUCAUGACUGUAGACCUCGGAAAUGAAUCCUCCUGAGCUUUAAACCCGGUGCGUCGCGUUUCGCAGUGCAAGGGCCGCCAAGUGCGACACCAAAGAAGGGACAGCGCUUUAUCCGCAUCAGUGAAGCAAGUGCCCCGAGCCCGUAGGCUGCUCCAGCGAGCGCGUGAGUGAUAGACGAUAAUCUCCGAGAAGUAAGUGCGAAUCUAGUCAGGUCGAUGUAACCAUAAGUUUCAACUCUUCGACGAGCAACACAGUCCUUGAUAACAUCAACACAGUCCUUGAUAAAAUUUAACAUAGAAAAUAUAAUCAGUAAGUAUGCUGUAGACUACCACUUCAGUAAUUUCUUGUGAUCGUGCCAUAUAUACUAUACUAGUAAACGUCGUAAAUCAUAUGCAAGGAGAAUCUGCUUCUAUUGAUAUAGUAAUCAUGCAAUACGCUAACAUUGAAAGAGAAUGAAAAUCGAAACAUUACAAGAUGAUUAAAAUUGAAAGAGUAAUUUUAUGCAAUUGUAUUAACAUGCAAUUUAACACGUAAAUUACUCUUUAACACGUAAUGAACAUUGAAAUAGAAUUCAGAGAGAAAGUGAAAUCUUUGCAGAAACGUAAGACAGUACUUACAAGAACUAAGCGGUGCAGUCAUUUUAUAUUUUUUUAAGUGUAUUAGUGAAUCUUCUAGUAGUCGAAAUAGAGGCGCGCUUUGUUGAUAUUGUUCAUCUCGUAAUUCUAUUUAUAAAUGAAAACAUUAACACUAAAACAGCUGUCCUAUGGUUAGAAGAAGAUGUCUAUACUUAGGAAGAAGAUGUGUAUACCAGGAGCGAUAAGGCAUGGCGAACAAUUUGAUUUUUAGAUCGUCACUUCUUGACGAUUCUUGUAUGCUAACUAUUGUUGUUUGUUGCGUCAGUCUUGUACAGCAUGAUGUCCUAGUCUUCAGAGUAAGAAGGCAGAAGAAAAGUUUUUUUCGGAAGUAGCAACUUACUUCAUCUGAGUAAGCAGGUAAAACUGUGGACGGCGGACUGAAUCCGAAUCCUAAUCCUAGAGUAAGCUCGCCAAAACUAGCAAUCUGGCGUGAGUGAGGUCCUUGAACUUGCACGCAGACGCUCGUCGGUAAAGAUCAGCAUGUGACGCGUAGUUACAAGAAAGAGACCGAGAAAGGCACCAGAAAACGCAGGAUCAACAUAGUACCAAGUACUAAAUCCGUCAUUCUUCACAUUUG